UGCAAGGACAAAAGGUUAGUGACCGGAGAUCAGCUUGUUUUCAUCACCUAACUAAACAGAAACAUGUUUCUGUUACAUAUUUGCAUCUAUGCCAGCCUCAUGCUGUCCCUCCCUCAGUGUACAUAUCAAUCCUGCACAGAGGGGACACCCAGACAGUGUCGAGAUGCAGAAUUUGCUCCAGGUACCAAUUUGGCCGGCGAAGGCUUUGAUAUCACCAACAUGGAACGUAAGGGAGCCUUUGUGCUCGACAUGAAUCAGUGGAAACGCAAGGACAAAACAUGCACCCUGUGCAGCAACCCCUACCUGGAGAACAAAAAGCAAAAGCUCCCCUUGUCAGUCAUGGACUGGAUAGCAAAGCAGUCCUGCAGCAUGAAAGUGUCUAGCACGCUCCACAGAUCCAGUGAGUCUCUGGUCAGUUCCAGCUCCUCUUCUGUGGAAAACAACUGGAAGAUCAAUCUUGAUGUUGAUGUGGGUGACAAGAGCGGCUCAUUGAUGCUAGCUGGUACUCAUUCCAAAUUGGCUGAAUACUCCAUGGAAAAAACUAAGAAUGACAAGUUUAGCUUCACAAGCCAAAGCAUGUCCUGUGAGUACUACAGCUACAGAGUGUCCAGCACCCCCAAGUUGCACAGAGAAUUUAAGAAAGCAGUGAACCAGCUUCCCAAAGUCUACAGUCCAGAAAACAAGCAACGAUUUUACAAACUGUUUGACACCUUCGGCACCCAUUACGUCACCAAGGUGAAGUUGGGAGGAAGUGUUCAGUCUGUGACGAGCAUCAGGCAGUGCCAGGCCAGCCUGCAGGGCAUCAGUGUGGAGGAGGUUCAGAUGUGCCUGGAAGCUGAGGCGUCUGCCAGCAUCAAAGUAAUUACAAUCAAAACAGAAUCAAAACACUGCCAGAAGGACAUUGAGAAGACAGAGAGCAAGUCGUCCUUCUACGGCCACUUCAACGACAGGUUCACAGAAAUAAAGGGGGGCCAUACCACAGAGCCAGACCUUCUUUUCUCUGCUGACAAAAAUCCAUCCGCCUACAAAGAAUGGCUGAAUUCACUACCGCAUAACCCAGACAUUGUCUCAAAUUCCCUGAGCCCGCUUCAUGAGUUACUUCCUACUAACACUCCUCUCUGGAAGAACCUGCGUUUAGCCAUUAGCCAUUACAUCCUGGAGAAAGCCCUGUGGAAGAACUGCAGUGAGCACUGUCAAGCCGGCAUCAAGAGCGACCAGAGAGAUUCCUGCGUGUGCCAAUGCCACAACGAACUCGCUGUAAACCAAGACUGCUGCCCGACCCGUAAGGGCAUGGCACGGGUCAUCAUAACUGUACAACGGGGUGCAGGACUGUGGGGAGACCACAGCACAGCCACAGAUGGCUAUGUGAAGGUGUUUUUCAAUGGGCAGAUGAAGCGUACCCAUGUCAUCAACAAUAACAACUACCCACACUGGGCCACUGUCAUUGACCUGGGCACUCAGGAUGUGUCCUCAGGGCAUCAAGUAAAAUUUGAAGUGUGGGAUCAGGACAACAACUGGGACGACGACCUGCUGGGACAAUGUGGGAAAGCUUUGUCUGCUGGAGUCAAGCAGGAUCUCUGUAACCUGCAACAUGGCCAGCUUUUCUACAAGCUGGACGUGAAAUGCACUCCCAGUCUGAGUGGAGCUCUAUGCAAGGACUAUAAAGCCUCUCCUAUGAGUCAAAGUCUGAAGGAGCUGUACGUGUCCCGUCAUGCACAUCCAGUUCCAAAAGCUAUUCUGUUAGAGAUGGGUGUGUUUGUGGAUGAACCAAGCCCACUGAGCAACCAGAGUCUUACUGCAAAGACUCAGAAGUAUGAUUUAAAGUAACAACUGCGCUAGGCUUUACUGAUGCUUAUAUUGAAGGAAUUAGCAAAAUUACUUUUAUUGUAUCAAUACGGUUAACCAAAGCAAAACACAUCAUCCAUAUCUGUCCUCACAAAGCUAUUCUGAUUUAGUUUUAACCUUUUUUUUAACUAUUAAGGUCAUCUUUUUUUUAAAGAAACUUGUGUUUGACAAAAUACUGUUGUUUUAAAGUCUAGAAAGACAAAAUAGAAGUUUCAAUAUUUUCAUUUACCUUCAUAUUUGCAUCAUGUAAUGCUCAUUAUACUAUAUUCACUGGGCUAGUCUUUCACAGUUCAGCAAAUCAUAUUUGAGUGAUUUAAAUUGUAUUCUUGCCGCUUCUACUUAGCUAAUUUUUUCUUAUGUUUUAUCAAUGCAAUUUCCCUUUUCUUAUUAUAUACAUGCAUUUAUUAAAGGUACUAGUUUAUUGACAUUUGCGUCAUAUUUUUGCUAAUUUGACUUGACAUUAGAGAAGUGAGGAAUAGAACGUUAAGCCUUUGCUUUCGAUCACACAUGUAUUGCCAUCAUAAAUUGUUUUGCUAUAUUUUAUAGUCAAUUACUGUACUGCUUUUCUUAGACUCAUACAUGUAUACGAUUUUAAUGAUUGUUUACUUGUUCUGUUAUCUGUAAUG